AUGACUUCAGCUUUGAGCCAGACGUGUGAUGUUCCUGCUACAUCAGUCAACUCUUUCUUUAUUCUGGUCUACAGUCUGGUGUUUCUGGUGGGUUUACCCCUCAAUGGCUUUAUCAUGAAAUUUUACUUUCGUCAGCACACAACCAGCAGCUUGAUGGUCUACAUGAAGAACCUGACAGCUGCUGACUUCCUGCUCUGCCUCUCUCUGCCACUGCGAAUCACUUUCUAUGCCAGCAAAUCUGCCACUUUUCAGCAGCUCUACUAUAGUUUUGGAGCUUCUGCUCUGCUUCUCAACAUGUACGCCAGCAUCCUGUUCAUGGGGUACAUCGCUGUUAACAGGUAUCUGAAGAUUGUUCAUCCAUCAGGAGCUCACAUUCUGCAGUCAGUGCGAGCUGCCCACGUCAUCUCUGUGGUCACCUGGGUUUGUCUCCUGGCUCCAGCAGUUAUUUACACCAUCUUGUUUUUUGUUACCCAGAAGCCUCUGAACUCUAUCCCCAGCUGCUGUGAUCCAUUCAUUAGUGCAUCAGUCAGCCUGUUUUUCACAAUCAUCCACACUUUGUCCAUCAUCAUCUUCCUCGUGGUCUUCAUAUCCCUGGUCUUCCUCUACUACAGCACCUCCCUCAGGGUGUUGCAGGCACAGCAGAGGCAGCUGGCCUCCUCUGGCUCUGACAAGCUUGUGAAGUCUCGCAGGAACAUGUUAGUGCUGGUCAGCAUCUUCUGUGUGUGUUUUGUCCCCUAUCACCUGUUUCGACUUCCCUCAACUUUUUUGACAAGCAUUCGCUCUGUUGUUUCAGUCUUGAACUAUAUAAUGGAGGUGACCACGAUGGUGGCAGUUUUCAAUAUCUGCCUGGACCCUGUUGUUUACUUUUUCCUCAGUAAGACUUUUCGGUCCCAGGUGAGGAAGGUGUCCUGGAGAGGCAACAUUCAACAAGUGAAUGAGCAGGAGGGAGCAGCUGUACAUUGCUACAGCAUUGAGUUAAGCCAGUAA